GACGAAGAAGAAUUUAACGGUUCCCGGUUGUUGAACCGCUGCAGCCUCCACGGUGCCGGUGGCUUACUGACUGAUUUGGACUCGGGUGUACCACCGCUCACACGGCUUCCUGUUACAUUUACCUCACAGCUCCCAUCACCGAGGAUCGUUACUGCUGUAGUCAAAGAUCCCGAGCCAUGGAAGAGGCCUCUGAGGUGAUGGAGGAUAUUGUUUUUCGAGGGGUGGAGUUUUCUGUUAAGAUAGAGGUGGACAAGAGUUUGCUGAUGGUUGAAAUCUCUGACUCGAUGACAGCGGAUCAGUGGAGGGGGGAAUUUGAUCCAGCAUACAUUGAGGACCUCACUCGCAAAACUGGCAACUUCAAGCAGUUUCCCAUUUUCUGUAGCAUGCUGGAAUCUGCUGUUAGAAAGACGAGUGAUUCUGUUACACUUGACCUGUUGACUUAUGCUGACCUGGAGCUGCUACGCAACAGAAAAGCAGGAGUUGUUAGUCGUCCUCGCGGCCAUCAGCAGUCGUCUGCUCUCACUGCCAAAAGAUAUCUAAUCCUCAUUUACACUGUGGAGUUUGACAGGAUACACUACCCUUUACCCCUGCCCUAUGUGGGGAAGCCUGACCCAGCUGCCCUGCAAAAGGAAAUCAGAGCCCUCAGGGCUGAGCUCAGCACGCUCACCACUCAUGGAUUUAACAAAUCUGCAGAACUAGAAAUACAGCGGCUACGAUCAGAGCUGGCGCUGGUGAAAGAAGAGAAGGAGGCCAUGGGUAAAGUUCUGGAGCGACUGCAGAUGACUGCAAGCGGUCCCACAGCUGGGCGAGAGGACUGGGGUGUUAGAGAUGUGGUGAGGACGCUGGAGGAGCAGCUUGUCAAGGAGAGGGCCAAAAGUCAACGCUCAGCGAGCAAGAGAUGCCAGGAGCAGCGACUCCUAACGGAGCAGUUGGAGGAGCUGAGAGCAUCAGAGUGUGCUCUCCGUGUUCGUGUGAAGAGUCUCACCAGUGAACUGGCGUUACUACGGAGAGGGUUAGACAAUCUAAGCAUCAGAGUGACUCCUGUGUCCGGUCACAGAGGCUCUCGAGUUGACGGGGAAAUCUAUCGCUCUCUCUCCCGCGAGAGAGGAUCGGGGUAUGGGACAGUCAGGGUUCGUUCAGGAUCGAGAGAACGGAUACAGGACAGAGUGCAAAGGUCUGAGGAAAGAGGAAGAAGAGCGGAUUCCUCAGGACCACGUGCUCGCAUACCCAGGCCGUCACCCUCUCCCACUGGGUCACGGGUACCACGCUUUGACCCAACUGCAUACAUCCAGGACAGACAGCGCAGACAGAAAGAGGCAGAACUCAAAAAACAGAGGAAGGUGCGGAGGGAGAUGCUGACAUCACCCAUUGUCCCUGAGAGGGGGCGUUCGCGCUCCAGGGAGGCCUAUCCUCAGAUGGCCCGGGCUGGCAGCAGAGGCAGGAGUUUAUCUGUGGAGCGGAGAGGGAGCAGGAACUCCUCUGAAAGCUCAUUAGUGGACAUGGAUGAAAUGGCCAAAACUCUGUUCAGAGGAAGAAAACAGACUUACAAUGGACCCUGUGUGGCGAGUGACAUGUCAAGAGGAGGCCUUUUAACCAGGAAGCCUCUGUGCAGUACUCCAACACACAGAAUGAAAGACAAAGAGACCUCCAUAGAUACUGGUGCUGAGCUGUCGGAGAUUGAUGCCAGGCUGCAGGCACUGCAGGAAUACAUGAGGGACCUGGACACAGGACAUUAACACAGUUCAGACUGAGGAAAGCAUCAAGCUUCAGACAUGAGCGAUGGGCUUACCUGUGUAUACGUGUUCACGUAAGACACUAAAACUCCCUCUGGAGGGUCAGAUUUUCACGACUUCAGGAAUCUACAGCCAUUACUGUGAAGGACUAUUUUUUUGUGGACUGAAAUUAUUUUUUUUUAAAUAUACCAAGUUUUUAUUAAUUAACCUAAAGUAUGACUGUGUCUGAGUGUAGUGUUAUCCUUCAUUUUUAAGACCUCACCAAACCAACUAAAGUAGUUCAUACAUGUGUGUAAAAUUUAAAAUUUGGCAGUACCUCAGCCCGUAAACAUUUUAUCCCCCCCCCCCCCCCCCCCCACUUAUUAAUAUUUUCUCAGCUUCCAUAUCCUUUUUUUCUAUUAGUAAAAAAAACAAAAAACAUUGUAACAGAUAAAGUAGACCAGACAUUUUUAAUCUAAUUACACAUCUACGUUAAUGUACAGAGACAUUAUCUAACAUCUCAUUAUUAAUUUAAAAUGUAGGUUAUUUUGUGACCUAUUAAAUUGCCCAUUAAUUGUUUGGACUCAAGCGUCGGAGGUAAAAAUUCAGAAUAUAACCACAAUUUCCCAGAUCCCAAGGUUACAUCUAUAAAGUUCUUGUUUUGUCUGACAAACAGUCCAAAACCCAAACAUCUUUAAUUGACAGUGAUGUUAAAAAGAAAGGAAGCAACUAGUUCUCACUUCUCUCAAAAGCUCAAAUUUUAUCGAGUUGUUUCAGCUGUUGAGUUUUCUCCACACACUUUUAAACUAAAAUUGUGUGAUAGUAGAUUAACAUGUUAACCACAGACUGUUGUUUCUUCCGCCCAGUGCAUGCUGGGAAAAACUCCGGCUCUUGUACCCUGAAACGCAAGCAGAUGCAAUGAGUGACUGCAUGCUACAUUUCACUACAUGGCUUGGUGGUUAAGUAUCAUCAGUCUGCAUUUUCCAUCUGUCUGGUUUAAUUUCUUACCUUCAGCUCAACACUGUCAGUGCAUUUCAAGUAUCAUAAUUGAUAGUUAUGACAUUGAACUUGUUGAUCACAUGUGCAUUAAAGUGUAGUAUUUUAUUGUGUGGACCUAAUGUCCUUCUUGAGGUUAUAUCCCAAACUAAAACAUAAAACAUGUUAAAUCUUGGAAACUGCAUGCAAGUGUAUGACACCUUUUUUUGUUUUUUUUUACAGUGAAGCUGCCAAAUUAUGUAAGAAACUCUUGUACAUUUAUGUGCACAAAGACUGUUAUUUUAGAUUUAUUCCCCAGUCUAAUGCCUUUUAUACCACUUAAGAAUCUAAUUUAUAAGAAAGGUCUGUGUAAAAACUUUUUUUUUUAAACCUAUGAUCCUUUCCAAGCCUGUACAGUUUUGUAUACACUGCUUUCCUUUGCACUAGUGUCAGCUGAAGUGGAGCCCGAGGGAAACCUUGAAGGGUUUCCACUGCUGCAGCUGGCUUGGUUUCAUUAAUUAACAAAUAAACUUCUGAGCAU